GGCGGCGGCGGCGGCAGCAACAGGCGGCGGCCCGGGCUCCGGCGCGGAAGCGCCCAGGGAGGCGCGGGGAGGAGCGCCGCGACCCCGCGCCGCCGCCUCUUCGCCGCUGCAUGGACGAGCACCUCAGCCUGCUGAGCUCGCCGCCGCCGCCCUCCGCCCGCCACCGCGCCCACCCUCCGCAGGACCCCGCGAGCGGCGGCGGCGGCGGCGGCGGCGCCCACACCUUGCUGAACCCCGGCUACGCCGAGCCCGCCGCCGGCCCCGCGCUGCCGCCCGACAUGACGGUGGUGGCCGGAGACCACCUGCUGGAGCCGGAGGCGGCCGACGGCGGCGGGGACCCGCCUCAGGGCGGCGGCGGCGAGCGCUACGAGCCGCUGCCGCCCGCGCUGCCGGCCGGCGGCGAGCAGGACUGCUGCGGGGAGCGCGUGGUCAUCAACAUCUCGGGGCUGCGCUUCGAGACACAGCUCAAGACCCUCUGCCAGUUCCCCGAGACGCUGCUGGGCGACCCCAAGCGGCGCAUGCGGUACUUCGACCCGCUCCGCAACGAGUACUUCUUCGACCGCAACCGGCCCAGCUUCGACGCCAUCCUCUACUACUACCAGUCCGGGGGCCGCAUCCGCCGGCCCGUCAACGUGCCCAUCGACAUCUUCUCCGAGGAGAUCCGCUUCUACCAGCUGGGCGAGGAGGCCAUGGAGAAGUUCCGCGAGGACGAGGGCUUCCUGCGCGAGGAGGAGCGGCCCCUGCCCCGCCGCGACUUCCAGCGCCAGGUGUGGCUGCUCUUCGAGUACCCCGAGAGCUCCGGGCCGGCGCGGGGCAUCGCCAUCGUGUCCGUGCUCGUCAUCCUCAUCUCCAUCGUCAUCUUCUGCCUCGAGACGCUGCCCGAGUUCCGCGACGACAAGGACUACCCCUCCUCGACGUCGCAGGACCAGCCCGAGGCGGCCAGCCACAACGGCACGUCGGGGGCCCCCGCGGGCGCUUCCAGCUUCUCGGAUCCCUUCUUCGUGGUGGAGACUCUGUGCAUCAUCUGGUUCUCCUUCGAGCUGCUGGUGCGCUUCUUUGCGUGCCCCAGCAAAGCCACCUUCUCGAGAAAUAUCAUGAACCUGAUCGACGUCGUGGCCAUCAUCCCCUAUUUCAUCACCUUGGGCACCGAACUGGCUGAGCGACAGGGCAACGGGCAGCAAGCCAUGUCCCUGGCCAUCCUGAGGGUCAUCCGCCUGGUGCGGGUCUUCCGCAUCUUCAAGCUCUCCCGCCACUCCAAGGGGCUGCAGAUCCUGGGCCAGACCCUGAAGGCUUCCAUGCGGGAGCUGGGGCUACUCAUCUUCUUCCUCUUCAUCGGCGUCAUCCUCUUCUCCAGCGCCGUCUACUUUGCCGAGGCAGACGACCCCACUUCGGGUUUCAGCAGUAUCCCAGAUGCCUUCUGGUGGGCAGUGGUAACCAUGACAACAGUAGGUUAUGGUGAUAUGCAUCCAGUGACCAUAGGGGGCAAAAUUGUGGGGUCGCUCUGUGCCAUCGCUGGUGUCUUGACCAUUGCAUUGCCAGUACCCGUGAUUGUUUCCAACUUCAAUUACUUCUACCACCGGGAGACCGAAGGGGAAGAGCAAGCCCAGUACUUGCACGUGGGAAGUUGCCAGCAUCUCUCUUCUUCAGAAGAGGAGCUCAGAAAAGCAAGGAGUAACUCAACUCUGAGUAAGUCGGAGUAUAUGGUGAUUGAAGAGGGGGGUAUGAACCAUAGCACCUUCCCACAAACCCCAUUCAAAACGGGCAAUUCCACUGCCCCCUGCACAACAAACAAUAAUCCCAACUCCUGUGUCAACAUCAAAAAGAUAUUUACCGAUGUUUAAUGUAUGGUUUAAGUAACAUACUGUGCUCAGUACUCUGUGGAACGUGCCCUCCCUGGUCUGUGUAUGCCCUUGUUUUAUACAUUUCCAGACCAUUCAUCCAGGAAAGAACUCAGAAAAAGUGAGAGCCACUUCCUUCACCCUCACCCUGCUGCUUCAUACUGAAACAGGAGUCUCUUUUGCAAGUGGGCUGCAUUCUCUCAGCUCUUUUUUUUUCUCUUCCCCCCUGCCCUUAAUCUAAUAAACAACAAACUGAAUUUAAAUUUGAUUGCUACAAUACGACCUAUAUUUAAAAAAAAAAAACCUACAUCCUGAGAGGAAAUGAAACUAAAGACAGAGUAACUGUUUUAACUUCAAAAGGCAUUUGUUUCUUUACUAAGUAAAGCAGGCACAUACUUAAUGCUUGAACUUGAUGGACCCUUCAGUGUUAUUGAAUGUUUAGUUUUGUUACCUACACUGUGGUUAUGUGGAUGAAAGGUCUAAGAACAAUUACUUGUGAACCCACCAAACAUUUAGUUGUUUUUUUUUUUUUGGUCUGGAAUUUCUAUUCUGAACCCUCUUCUCAGAAUUGUAAGGAUCUCUACAACUUUGAACAAAGACAAAUACCCAAGGUGUCCUGAUUAUGACUAGUUUAACUCUUUGGGGCUUAUUAAGCGUUUCAAACAUAAUAGACUAACAAAUUCCUGUGAAGUUCUUUGUGUGUGUUCCAGUCAACAUCUAUCAAAUUCCAGAAACAGAUGUUCUUAGUGCUGCUGAGAGAAACAAACAGAAAAUAAAUAAAUAAAUAAAACCCUUAAUGCAUCUGAGAGAUAAGCUUCUGCAGAAUCACAAGAUUAAAGUGGCAGACACUCCUUCCAGCGGAAGUUACUAAUUCGGACCUGACUGAUGUGGUUCCCAUAGCAACCCAUGUUUCCUGGGAAACCCGAAAAAGGUUGUCAUGGUAUCUCUUGCUCUCUAGCCCCACCCUCUAGCCUCUGUCGUUUCCACAGUAACCUUCCAGAUAGUUCCUGCUUACAUGAUUUCAUAAGAAAAACAAGUUUGAAUAAACCGCACAAAUAAAGUUAUCUGAGAAUCCGAGGUGGUAAAUAAAAUGACAAAAUGCCUUUUUCUUUCUUUCUGUUUUUAAACUGCAAACAAUCAAUAAUGUCAUCCCAGAGUGACUGGAUUGAGAAGGAAAAUAACAUCUUUGGAAUGUUUGACAUACAGCACAAUCAGGCAUGAUUUAAAGUAAAUGCCAGCAAUUAGGCAAUAAUUUUAAAAGAUUCUUCUCUACUGUUCUCAUAUUCCAAGAGAAAAUGGUUCCAAGCCAACGAAUGGAAUCUAAAAACAAAGUUAUUCUGUAUAUAAGCGAGUGAGUAUCAAUCAGUACACCUGAGACCUUAAAAAGAAGACUUCAGACUCCCUCUUUUAAAAAUAAAAAGCCCACAACAGCACUGUCACCAUCACAGCACUUGUAAAGCUAAAUUAAUUAAAAAGUAUAAAGGAUGCACUUUUUUAACUGAGGAAAUUGCAGACAAUCAAUAAAGAGGAGGGGCAGGAAGCAAUCAUGUCCUGGGGAAAUUUCUGCAAGUUUCAUCUAUAUGCCAGGGGUGCCAGAAGACAGAAUCAGCAGUUCCAAGUCCUUCCCACCUUUCAUCUAUGAAUAGAAGUGAUAACCUCUCCCCACCCAAAAGCACAGGAGCCCCUCAGUCUGAAGACUUAUGAAACCACUGUGAGACAGAGAUACCUGAAGAACCCCACAUAAUGAAUUCUAGAGCUGCACUGGCCAGUAGGAGGCUGGCUUUUGGAUUGCCUAGCUCAAGAAUGCAGUAUUGGUUAUGUUGCUGAUGAUUGUGACCAAACUGCUGGCGGUGCUUUCUGUUUCAAUUGACAUUAAAUAAUGUGUCUUUAACAAAGAGUUUAUAUAAAAGAACAGCUGUGACACUGGAGGAUUCUCUUCUAAUCAUGUGCAAUAUAAGAGACUUUUAUUCAAGAGAUAAUGAAGAGCAUUAAAAUAUUAAGGUAUCAUCGUUUCAUCCUUUUGACAUUUUAAUGAAAUCUAAUUAUCCCAAAAGGAAUCAGUACCAAUGAUUAUGAAAACCUAAGUGUGUGUUUCUAACAGGCCACCUAUUGCUGUUUUCUUCUUUCAUUUAGCUUAAUCAUGAGAUACAUCCAUAUUAUAUUCCAUGUUUGGGAUUAUGUACAACUUUACUUGUGAAAGUGCAUCCUGUACCAAAGGCUCUAAUACAUAGAUUGGCCUAUUUACAUGUAUUAGUAUUUACAUGUAAAUAUAAAUAAGUGAAGUCUACACUGUGCCCAGACAAAUGGAAUUAAAGACAGACUUGCCUAAAGGAAAUGUGCCUUGCUUGAUGAAACAGUCUUUUAUUUUUUGAUUCAAACUGAUAGAUUGGAAAAUCAGUCUUGUAGGUAACUUUUAAAAAUAUAUUAGUACUUAUUAUAUUGCUUGAGUUGUCUAUAUUAACCAAAUUUUUGACACAGUUAUAGUUUUAAUAGUUUGUAUAUGCUCACUCAGUUUAGUUUUCCUAAGAUGUUUGAUGUGGUGAAACAAAGCACAUUCUUAAGUAUAUAUACAAUAUUCCAUCUGUGUUUAUAGAAUUUCUUUCCAAGUUGUAUUUGACUUAUUUUCUAUUUUUAUAUUCUUUUAGAAAUGAAAAUUUUUUCAAUUAAAAAGCAAAGUUUUAGUUGGCAAAGUUUUUAGGAGGUUAUGAAGAUGAUUUCCCAUUUAGGUGACAUUUCACUUCUGUGCCAUUAUUAAUGUAUUUACUGUGACAUUUCAGCAGAAUGGUAGCUAUUUGUAUAUUAUUUACUAAGCCUUAACUAUGAGCAUUUAGUGUAAAGACAUUUUAAUUUCCACAUUUAAUUCCUAAAAUAUUCUUGAACAUUAAUAUUAGCCUGCUACUCAAAUUCAUAGCAGUGCUAUUAAGUACCCUUCCAUAAUUUCAAUUUCUAUAAAAUAUUUACUAGCAAAACAAGUUUACAUUCCUUUUCCAUGCCCUGUAGAAGGAAACAUGGUUGGCUAAUUACAUUCUUCACAUAUAAGAAUUAGUAACUAAAGCUGUCUUAUUCCUACUAACAACAGAACAAAUAAAUAGGAGAUGCAGUUCACGUGACUUUCUUUAAUGCAAAAUCUAAAAUUAAUUUUGCAUAUAUGAUGGUGAUUUCCCCAUGGUGUGGUCAAAGUUUUAAACAAGAUCAUGCAGGGAAACGUGGAGUAAUAUAGUAAAGGAUAUGAGCUAUAUGAACCUUCAAUCUGGAUGACUUAUAACUAGAGUAAAAAUAUAACCAUCACUAUGUUUUUCUUCUGGUAUAGCCCUUGAAGCAGAAACACUGACCUAGAGAAUAGUCAGCCCAUUCCAGCCAAUUUAGUACUUGUAACUAAUAACCAGAUUCUGGUUAACAGUUAAACAAUUCCCCAUUAACUAUUGGGAUAAUGGAAACAAAUCAAUGAACUGUCAUUUAAGAGGUCUUAAAAUUCAUAUAUUUUUAAUAAGUAGGUGUUACGAAAAUUAUGCACAGGAACUACCUUCAUAAAAUACCAGUUACACAGCUUUGAGCAUCAUAGUUUGACAUCAUAUCUGCUUGGUUGUUAAAACUAAAGUUUUAAGUGAAAAUUAAAACUGAACUUACACACCAGAAUGGUACUUGAUGAGUAGACUGUCAUAACAAGAAUGGUUCACCAAAUGUAGAGUAAAAAUAGUAUUGGUCUAGAUCUCAGGAGACCAGGAUUCUUACCCACUUUAUAAUGUGAGGCCUGGAUAAGUCACUUACCUUUGCUAGGUUUCAGCUUCCUUUGAAUUGCAAAAGAAUGUGCUGGGCCAACUGAUCUCCAAAGGCAUUUCUAGCUCCCAUAUCCUCAUUAUAUGAUUUGAAAAGACUUCGAACUGUUCUUAAAGUACUCAGAUUUUCUUGGACCUCUGAAGAAAAGAAUAAAUUGGAAUAAGACCUAAGCCUUAAGUUUGUGAUAAAUACAUCGUUCUUCAAAUUGAUCUACAGAAAAGGAAAUUAGAUAUUUUUUUCUUCUCAAAGAAUUGUCUCUGUUCAUAUUGGGAACAUGAAAAGAUAGAAAAACCUUUGGAAGGACUGGAGAGAGAGAGAGUGCAGUGGAUAGGACACUUGCCUUGCACAUAGCCGACCCCAGUUCAAUCCCUGCCAUCCCAUAUGGUCUCCCAAGCACGGACAGGAGUAGUUCCAGAGUAUGGAACUAGAAGUAAGCCCUAAGCAUUGCAGGGUAAGGCUCAAAAUUCUCCCCCAAAAAAAAGAAAAGAAAAGAAAAGUAUUUGGGGAUUUGGAAAUGAUUUGUGAAAUAUCCAGAAAGGAGGAAAUGUUAUUAAAUCAAUAAAGUUCAAUGUUAAGGUAAUUUGAAAUUGUACAUGAACUACUAAAAUAGUAACAGACUCUUACAGCAAAUUUUUAUUCUGGGAGUUGAAGAAUGUAGGCAAGGUUGGAUGGGCAAGGUUUGCCUUAAUGAUCUCUUGGUGUUUUUUCACCAGAAACAGUUUGGUAGAACUUUAGCAGCCGUCUGUGCUUUAGUGCCGGCUGUCAGUAACAUAUGUGCCCCCAGGGAAGGUCCCAUUAGCCUCUCUACACCACAGUUUCAUUGUGAAUACAAUGAAGAUGUUGAAUUUAGUAAUCUGUGUGUUUCUUUACACCUUUGGAAAGUCUUUAACCUUUCAUAUUGUUGUGAUAUAUGUACACAGUAAGCCCAUGCUCCCCACCUAUCACUAAGAUGCCAUAGUUUCUACUCCUGAGGCAGCAAGGCUGGAAACUAAAGUGUUUGUAUUUCUAACAUUGCCACUUGACCUCAGCAAGAUGUAAAAUAUUUCAAAUUUAUUUUGAAUUUUCACAUGAUUUAGUCAUUAUCAUUUAUCAUUUCAUGUUUGGAUGUUGAGUUAGCUAUCUAAACAAAAUGUUCAAGUGAAUCUUUUAUUUGAAUUUUUCUAGUUUAAUAAACAGUUGGCCAAUCAGAAUCAAACAUACAUAACUUACCAAUGAACUGUUUUUAGCUAUACAUUUUUUUCUAUAUUUAAAAAGCAUAUGCCCAAUUGGUCCCUGAAGCAAGUAGCUACAAUUUAAAAUAAUAUUCACAAAAUUUUGUGAAUAUCUUUAUUCACAAAAUACAAAUACAAAAGAGGUUUGAGAGAGCUAUAUUAUAAUUAUUUUUUCUCAAGAGUGAGAAUUAAAAUCAGGGUUAACCCAAAUGAUUCUGUUUGACUUUUGUGAACACUUGGGAAAAGAAGGGUUUUGUAGGUUUUGCACAAUAUAGAUAGGUAAGAAGUACCUAUAAUCAUUGAAAAUAGGAAUAUAUUAUGGUUGUUGUUUUAAUGAUAGAAAGAUUAGAGGAAUGUUCAAAUGUGGACAUUAGGGGAACAUUAAAAUGAUAGCAGUUCAUUUGAAGAAUGCAGAACUAUUUUGUCAUACUGAGAUUAUUUGUUCAGAGUCUUAUAUCCUUAGAUAUAAGGAUAUAUGUCUUAUAUCCUUCCAUACACAUGAGGGUGGGAGGCGUUUUUAAAGUCUUCUAUAAUAAUAGGAAAUAUAGAUUUUGAUUAGUGGAUCAAUUUAUUAAGCAUUUUAUCUGAUUAUUUUUGUGAAUCUGAAUUUUCACUAAGUGUAAUUGAGUCCCUAUGUAUUAGUGUCAGUGAUCUUUGUGAGAAGUAAUCUCAUUUUUUUAAGUUAAUGAGAUUUGCUAAAUUGUAGUUCUAGCAUUAUGUGCUAAUAGUAUAAUAAUGUAUCUUACAACAAUUUGUCAUCUGACCAUAAUAAAAAUACCCAUAGUAGUAUUUCUUCUGGUAAAUAGUUUCCAAAUUGUGAUCUCUUAAUGCUAGGCUUUGGGGAGGGGAAGUUAAGUGUUUUGUUUAUGUAAAACUGUAUUUUUCCUUCAUGCCAUGAAAUUGUACGAUUAUCAACCAAAGGAAUAUCCUCUUCUUUCCCAAAUUUAAGGGCACUGUAAAAACCAUUUUUUUAUUACCCCAUAAAAUGGUGUGAUUUCUUGUAAGUUCCAACAUAUGUAUAUACUCAAGGGAAAGUAACCAGUGUAUGCAGUAUUUCUAUGUAUUACAUUAAGUGUUUCGUAACAAUUUAUAAAAUCUUAUACAAGUAAAAUGUAUAUGUUAUAAUAACAGAACAUUUCAUUUUUCAUAGAGAUAGCUCACAUCUGUUUAUUAUAUUAAAAAGAAUCCAUGUGUCUUAUUCAAUCAUUAAAGUGUCUAUAUGAAGUAAUUUAUGCCAUCAGAAAUUUAAAGAUUAAACAACAAAGAAGUAUCAAAUGACUUUAUUCUAUCAGUAAAUGGCACUAACUUUUAUGUUCUUUUCUCUGAUCAUCCUCUGUCAUGUUAUUUUUUUCCCCUAUCAUUGCAACUAUAUUGUAAAGUUUUAUUUAAAUUUAAUUUUAAAUGAUAUAUGGGGUACUUUUAGAUUUUAACUAUAAGGUGUGGUUUAUGUGAUUAACAAACUUUAGAUACUUUCAAAAUAAAGUCUGUCUUCCUGGGGUGACAGCCAAACAUUUUUCAUUUCUCAUCAAGGACAUACUAGGUCCAUGUACUCUAACCCCAACACUAAAUCUUUACAUCAAAAUAAUAGAAUGAAAAAUGAUGUUCAGUGAUCUUCUUAAUCUUUUUUAAAAUGUAUCCUAUGUGUGAUUUCUGAACAAUUGAAGCAAUAAUUAUCCCAAGAAACUGUGGCCAUUCUGAUUCAAGGAAAAAUGACUGGCAUGAGCACCACAGUAAACAUUUUAGCCUGUUGUUUUUCAUAACAUGUAUUCUGUAAUCAGGAUGACAGGGAAGCGGGAAUGACUCGAAAGUCUGACUUGAAGAAAACUCAUUAUUUUCUGUAACUAUACAAGAACUGAUUGUCAAGCAUUACAUGACAAUGACAUCUAGCUUUAUUUAAAGUAUAUUCAAAAAUAUAUCUUCAGAUUUUUUAAUCCACUUAGGUAUCUUUCCAGAUAAAAUUAAAAUCUGAUGACUGCUUACUCUGAAUAUGAACAUCCAUGUGUUAAUCCAUGAUAUAAUCACCACAAUUUGAUUCUUUUCUCAAACAACAGAUACACUGUUACUGCUUCCCCUUGUACAUCAACAGUCUGUCAGACACUCUGUACUUUUACUGACUAGCAAUGCAAUGUUAGUGUGAAUAUUUAAAUGAAGCAUAUGCUAUAUUAUAACAGAAUUUAAAUUUUUCUAACCUUAAAGUAAGUUCUCAUCAAACUGAUAAGUCAAAUGUUAUUUUGUAUGGAAUCAAAUAGAUAUUCUUAAACCAUGGUCAUAACAAAUAAUGGAAUUCUGAAUAAAAUAUAAAGUAAAACAUUUUAUAUUUUUCUAUAUCCAUAGUCUCAACAUUGAAUGAUGUUAAUCUGUGAUAUAUUAAAGUAAACUUAUAAAAACCUCUUAUAUCAUGUUAUCUAGUACUUUUGUCAUAGUAAUUUUGUACUUGUUAAGUAAAUAUCAGUAAAUACCUGUGAGUUGGUUGUGAUAUUUUCAUUUGAUCUAUUUUUUAAAUGUGUCAUUGGAUUUGUUUGAUGUGUUUUCUUGCAAAUGUUAUAUUCAAAAUUCAAUAAAAUAUUCUCAAAGUAUUGUUACUCAUA